UUCAAAGAGUACAGAGUCCUUAACAGAUCUUAGAUUCAAGGAUGCAGCAAUCAUAUUUUGGAAGCAUUGAAGCUCUAAAUGAUCCUAGGAAUAUAGAAUUAAUACGAAGGGCUCGAACUCCGCAAGAUUCACCAAAAGAAUUCCUUAAAAGGAAGAARAGAGAARRUUUUACCAGUUUACAAGAACUCAAACUUCAGGCAAAUGACAUAAUUAAGGUCAACGUAAGUGGGAAGUGCUUUGAUAUUUCAACUAAAAAUCUUGUCAAGUAUCCRAAAAGUCUGCUAUCAAAUGAGGAAAAAAGGCAGGCCUUCUAUGAUAUACAUAAGAAGGAGUACUUCUUUGAUCAUAAUCGAGUGAUAGCCCAAAGUGUGUGUAUGUUCUAUCAGUAUGGCUCCUUCGAAAUUCCAGAGAAUGUUCCAGAGCACUUAGUUAUUGAAGAGCUAAACUUCUAUGGAUUGUUCGAUUACUUGGAUGAUAGUAUGAAAGCUCAUUUGGGUGAAGUUCAACAAAUWUCRGAGACUUACACAGCAAAGGAUCUGAGAGAAAAGCUUUGGAUUAUGCUUGAAAGUCCAGAUGGCGUUGGCAUCAACGACUGCGCAAGAUGUUACAACGUCUUUUCGUUGUCGUUGAUAGUUUUCUCAAUAUUCUUGYUGUGCUACGCSACWUAUUAYAAAGGMCAUUCCCAAAUUACAUUGUCAAGUUUUGACAACGUAGCAGUGAACUGGCUAUUGCUAUCUGAGAUCGUUUGUAUAGGGUUUUUCUCAAUUGARCUUUUYCUUCGCUUCAUCGUCAGUCAUGAAAAACGAAGGUUCUUCUUCUCGUUCUUAAACAUCAUUGACUUCGUAGCUAUAGCUCCCUUUUAUAUAGGAAUGAUCCUUGAUGUACAGCAUAUCACUACACCAUUGACAGUUCUACGYGUCCUAAGAAUCGGGAAAAUGUUCCGUGUGCUUAAAAUAUCGCGAUAUAAUACGAGUUUGCUAAUCAUUGCAAAGACUGUCAAAUCAGGYCGUUGGGAYYUGUGGAUGUUGUGCUUUUUACUGCUGAUCAUGUGUUUAUUCUAUGGUAGUUUUACUUAUUAUAUGGAGCAAAUAUUUAUGGAAGAGGAGUCUGACUUUGAAAGCAUCCCUGCAGCGAUCUGGUGGGCAUUGAUUACCUCUUUAGCGAUUGGAUAUGGAAAUAUGGUACCAAAAAGCUCAGCGGGCCGCGUAGCCGGUGCAUUGUGUGCUGUAUCUGGUAUUGUAGUAGUUGCACCCAUUCUUCCAAUCAUAUUCAACCGCUGGACAAGAUUCAAUCGAUUACAGCAUGAAGCGAAACUUCACAAAAAAUGCAAAAUAGUGAAUAAGAACGUCCAGCAAGAGAUUGAACACUUGAACUUAAUUCGAGUACACGGAGAUCGAACUAAAGGGCGGUUUUUCUUUUAAUGUGUAAACUGAAAUGAUCGGGUUAGUGACCAGAGUCCAGAAUUAUACAACGACAGUACGUAUUCGUAUAUCUUAAAAAAAAUGGUGGUUAAUCGUAAAGAGCUCCUACGCAUGAAAGUAAAAGAUAUUUCUUCUUAUAUAUUAAAAGGUUUUUGUAUAUAGUAUAGAAGGGAAUUAAAAAUAAAACUAUCAUUUCRCUGUG